AUGGACUCCAAUUAUGCAACUCCUUUGAGAACACCAACCCAGAAAAAUCGAAGAAAAGCGAUUUCACCUGUUACGCGGAAGUUUUCUUCGCCCUAUGCGGUUUCAAUUAUUUCACUCAUCUUGUUCUGAAUUUUUUUUUCCAGCAUGUAGAUUUGGAUCUGGAACCGGGAGAACUUCAGAAGAUAAUUAUAGAUCAAGAAACUAUCAUUACAGAUCUUCGAGAAACGCUUCAGGUUUUUUAAAGGACAAAUAUUUUUUUACUCGAAAAAAACAUUUUUUCAGCAACAGCAUUCGGAAAUGACGACGAGUGCUGGUCUGAACGAGAGUAUCAUCAUUGAGACAAGUAACCGGAUAUCCACGAAGGAAAAUCGUCUUUACCGGUUGGAUAAUUUUACUUUCAGGUCGCUAACGUUCAUUUUUUUUUUAGAAGAGAAAUGUCUGUACUCGAAGCUGAACUCGACUCUGCAAGAAGAGAAGUCCGCACCUUGACUGAGAAAUUGCGCGCCCUUUCCAGUGCAAAAAGCAGUGUUGUACGUUCAAGGUUAAAAUCUCAACUAAUGUUGUCGUUGUACAGGACGAUUUACUUGAAAAACGGGAAAGAGACUUGGCAGAACUCAAGGAAAGUACAUUGGAGAUGACAGAAAAAGUCAAUCAGUUGGAAGAGAAGGUUGAACGAAACAUAUUCAUGUUUAGAUAUCCGAUUCAGGUGCUGGAAAAGGAGCGAACUGUGGCUUCCAUCACAUCCGAGUUUUACGCGCAGAGCCUCGAGUUGCAAUCACUACGGGCAGAGUACCGUUCCAAGAUAGCAGCCAUAGAAGAGGAGUUUUCUAAGACUCGCAACGAACUGGACGAGAAAAGGUUUGACCCGAACCUCGUCCAUGACAGUUGAGCAUGAGAAAAAAAAUGGUAUGAAAAGAACACCAGCGAAAAUUCAAACGGCGACUUUUCCGAUUUUUUCAUAUCGUUAGGGAACUUUCCGACGGCCACCUUUCCGACGAAAUUUUUUCCGACUUUUUUCCUUUAUAUUUUUCGGUUUAUAAGACAUCUAUUUACUUUUUUUUUCCUAUGUCUUUGUGUUUCAAUCAUGAACCAACUACCUACUUAAUAUAGGAAGAUUUAAAACCAAGAUUUUAUCGAGAAAAAAAGUCGGAAAAAGAUUCGUCGGAAAGUUCCCUAGCGAUAUGAAAAACUUGAAACGCGAGAGGCGAAGAAGGGGGCGGGACGCUCAUUUCGUAUCUAUUCUUCUAAUUUUUUUCGAUGCAAAAAUUUGAAAAAAAUCAAUAUAUAAUCAAAAAUGAUAUGUGCCCCGCCUCCUUUUUUUGCCUCUCUCGCCUUUCAAGUCAGCAAAAAUUUGACUAUAAAUGUAAAUUCAAUUAAUUAUUCGAACAAAUUUAAAAAUUUUUUUACUGCUCAAUUUUUCAUGGACGUUUUGCAAGUUUUUUUGAAAAAUCUUUCGCUUUUAUUAAGGAUUAGCGUCGUCAGGCUCACAGAGGAGAACAAAAAAACAACAAAUAGCCCUGCAAAAUGCACGCGAAGAUGUCGCACGGUACAUUGAACUGGCGCGAAGAAAUGACGAAGAAGUGAAGGAAAAGGAAAUUGAGGUUUUUUUUUUGAAUUUUUGUACAAAGAAGAGAAAGAUAUGCAGGAAAUAGAAUGUACAGAAAAGCAGUUUUCAAACAUUAAAAUGUAUCAAUAUUUUUUCUUUUCAGCUCCGCCGAAGUCUGGAACAAGCACUUGUUUCAAAAAACGAAACAGCCUCGAAAAGCGUUCUCAACGAGCUGAAGUCUAUAUCGACGCAUAUAAUCAACAUCUCCACCCCGAAGGUUUUGAAAUUUGUUGACUUUUUUUACAACUUUUUUUUAAAGUAUACUUCAAAUUAGGUUUUUUUCAAUCUUUUCUCCAUGUGUUUUUCGACAAAGUUUCGAUUUUUCAGCGUACCAUUUUGGAAGAAGGAAGUUUGCAAGAAAGAGUCGGGGCUCUGACUGCAACCAACAUGUUCUUGGAGGGAAGCCUUGCCGAUUUGCGACAGCGAAAUGAGAAGCUUGAGCAGGUUUCUCUCUUCAUAUUUCUCAGAAGAAUAUUGGACGGAUCAGGAAUUGGAGAUGUCGCGCGUAAGGACACAAGAAAUGCAGGAAGAAAUCAGCGAUCUCCAGAAGAAACUUGGAGAAAUCGAGGGCGAUUCGGGCAAAGCAACCGAAUAUUUGCGAGAAAAUAUUGCCAAGGUAAAGCUUUGAUUUUUGAGUUUUUAGAAAAGGGCACAUAGGUACAGAACUUAGUCAGGCCAGGAGAAAGGCUCAAAAAAAAUUUUGGAAAAUUAGGAACAAAAUCAUUUUUCAACCUCCGGUAUUUUCGGCCCCAAUAGUCGAAGAAAAGGGUCUACUCAUGUAUGAACCAAAUGGCUGAAUACUAUUAUUUCACUAAAAGAAAAAGUUACAGGAUUUUACAGUUCCCAAGUUUUUGAAGGGAAUUUUUUGCGUGUGCCAUGAUUCAAGCUGCUCCAUUGCAAAUGUAAAGAAACAUGAAAGCUUUUUGAGAUAUCACUUCAAAUUUUUUUUUCAAAGAGCAAUAGUUCACAGAAAGAAAUAUUCUAAACAAAAACUUGCCGUUUUGUUGAGAUCAAAUGGAUUCAUUGUGAAAAGAUCGUACAGAAGAGUUCAAUUUUGGCUUUUUCCAGUUAACACUUCAAAAGGCGGAUAUCCGGUGUGAGUUAAUGGAAGUUCGUCGGCAGCAUGAAAAAUGCAAAGAGAGUGAGGUAUAGUUGCAUUCUUCUAAAACGACUCUUAUCAUCGAAACAUUUUGAGGAGUGCAAAGAUGCCGAGUUGGCCCAGCUUCAAGAUGAACUUGCGGCUGUUCGUUUGGAAAAGAGUUCAUGUAUUGAAGAGCUUCAAAGAAAAAUUGAAGGUCUGGAGCUGCAUGAGAAGGAGCUCGACCAGAAGGUUUUUUUUUCAAAAUUUCUCAAUUUUUUUUUUCUUGUCUCUCAGUUGGAAGAACGAGCUGAGAAAAGCGCAGCAGACGAUUCACUACGCAAAGAGAAUUCCGAGUUGAAGGUUUUCGAAUAAUGAAAGUUUCAUCAAAGUGACCAACACUUUAGGCGGAGAUUAUUCGGUUGCAAGGGAGAACGGCUCAGUUUGUACACCACCUUGAAAUGUCCGACUCUCAGUGCACAAAGUACAAGGUUUGAGUAGAGAUUAUGCAUUGGAAGAGAAAAAAAAAAUCAUUUUCCAGGAGAACCAAGCUUUGACGGAAAAAAGAAGGGCGCGAGCGGAAGAACAGUGCAGCAAAUUGACGCUGAAAGUAGUUCUUGUUUUUUGUUUUGAAUUUUUAGUAUGGUCAUGUUCAGAUUGUUGAGCUUGAACGCGAGGUCGAGCGGCAAAGAUCUUCGGAGAGCGAGCUUGCCACAUUGACGACAGAUAACGAAAGGCUGAAGGCGAAAAUCGAAUAUUUACAGGUAUCCUUGCGGCUGUGAACCUUCAAUUGAAAGUGUUCUCCGUUUUUGAAAAAACGUUUAAAAAUAAAUGCAACAAAAAUUUUCCCAGUCUUCUAGUCUAAAUACGCCCCUGUGCUUACAGCAACUCUCGCGGCAAUAUUUUUUAUCGUCAUUCUUAAAUAGCGCUACAUUUUCCGAUCUUUGUUCUUUGGAAAACCCGUACUUUUGCUUUCAGGAAGAGCUGCAAGAAACACACAUGGACUACCGAGAGGAGCUGACCCGAUUGGCGAGACAAGUCUCAGAAAGCCGGCAGCAGGCCGCCCAACUACAGGACGCCGAGUCCUGCGCGGCACCCAAACUCGGCGAGCUUCGACUUGAAGUCUCUCAGAAGGAGAGCGAGCUGCGAUCCAGCCGCAAACGAAUUGAGGAGAUCAAGGCCGACAACUGCAAACUCCAGGAACAGGUCUGAGAUGACCUAUCCUUUCCUUUUGAAAUUAGAAACACCCCUGUUUAAGGAGGUCAGUCGUAGUACUAUAAUUCAUGAAAUCUUUUUGACUAUAAAAGGGAAAAUCCGGCUGUUUUCGAGAGGUGUUCGAGACGGCUUAGUAGUAUGUACUCCUGCUACCUAGAGAGGUACAUAGGCAGGCGCUAUGAACGAAUUGCAAUCGGCUUCCGGAACAGACAUCACAAUAUUGACCAGCUGCCUUAGCAAUGCGCGUGCGUCACUAUCGAAAAUGACCUGAAAGAAUUAAAACUUCUGGUUCAAAUUUGGCAACGACCACUUUUAAAUCUUCUAGCUCACGGAUGUCCGCCAGCGCGAGUCGACAGUGGCGGAGGAAAAUGCACAGCUAAGAAAAGGCUUAUCUGCCGCUGUCGCCAAAAUCGAAGAGUACAAAAGGGAGACGGAGGACGCACGCGACGUAUCCCAAGGCCUUGCACAUCAACUUUCUGACAGCCAGCUGAGAAUCGUCAGUUUUCACCAUUAUUCUUCUUUAAAUUAUCCUCUCUUUUUGCAGACCAAACUCGAAGAUGAUCUCGCCGAGCUGUCAGACGCUCUGAAAGAGAAGGAACGUUUGGAGAACUACCUGCAGUCGCAGAUCAAUGUCAAGCAAAUGCCGAAAGUCAGCCGUAGGAGCACACUGCUGCGGACCGUCAGCGAGACAAGCAUGGUUCGCUCACCAAUGUUCUGAAAAAGUAUCAAAGGUUUUUUCACUUCUUAGGACAGCGUGAGUUCCUCAGCCGUCGAGCAAUUGGAGGUCGAACGAGCCAAGUUAAGACAAGUUCUGGAAGAGAAGAGGAAAAGUGAGAGAGUAAAGUUUUACUUCAACCAGUGAAUGGUCCGGUGGUAGUGGGACUUCCGAAUGAGACCGAGUUUACUAGAUGUAGUUUUUCACGUUCAUUUCAAAUCUGGUUUCACAAACAGCGGAGGAUGUCUAUGAAAAGAGUUAUGAACCCUCAAAAGUCGAAAAUUUUAGGGUCUCCGAUUGAACUCAUUUUUUGAGGGAGUAUAGAUGACAUUUUCGACUUUUGAGGGUCCAUAACUUUUUUCACAUGUAUUCUAGGAAGUCCCACUGCGACCGGAACUCAUUCCUUGGUGAGAUAAUUGUAAACUUGAUUGAAAAAGUUUUGCAACACUUUUUAUUCUUUAAAAAUCGUUUCAUUAGAUCAAUUUUUUGUCACACUUUUGUUUUUAAGAGUUGAACGCAUUCCGCGACGCCAGCUCCAACAGCUCAAGUACCAGCGACUGUUGCUCAGAAACUGAGAAUUCUAGCGGCUUUGAAGGGUCCGAAUCAACGCACCGAAGUGAACCUCUGCGUCAAAUUCAAAACUUCGAGAUUCCUCAUAGGUUUAAAAAAUUAUUAUCUUAUGAAAAUCAUUUCUUUUAGUAACUCAAAUGUUCCGGCAGAAGAAAAGUCGAAAUCAAAGUCCCUCACCGGGCAGGGUAUUAUGCGUCACGACAUUCCGCACAGGUGGCUUCUUUUUCAAAUUCCGCCACUUUUGAAUUUUUUUUUUUUCAGGUGGAAGGAUCUGCGCCACAUUAGCGUGUUUGCAAUGAAAUGCGCCGUUUGCUUCAUUGGAAUUCCUACGGUAAUUAGCGUUUUUUUUUUUAGAAUUUAGAAUAGGAUUCAGGAUUAGACGAAUAUUUCAUGAUUAUCUGAUUUUAUGAUUUCAUGAACAAGUUUAUAUAAUUUAUUUUUGAUUAUUCAUACUAAAAGUGUGCUUACUUUUUUUUUUUCCAUUUCUACAUAUUUAGUCACCUAUUUCUUCUUUGUUUCAAAAUAGUUUGUUUAUUUUUUCUAUAAUACUACCAAGUGCUCUUGUUACUCCUUGAAACCCCGCGUGCGCACUUUUAGCAACAAACACGCGCCGCCGGUACCUGAGUACCUUUCCAAAUUUCAAUUUCAGUUCGGGAAAGCAAAACGGUGCGUGCACUGCGACGUACAGGUGCACGCUUCGUGCUCAUCCCGUGUCGUCAACACCUGCGGGCUGCCUGGUCAAUGGGCCAACUACUACUUGGAAAAUCACACGAUUAGUCCAGAAGACCGGAGUGGCCGCAUGAACGGCUGGGUUCGCAUUUACAGGUGAGAGUCACUCUUGGCGUAGAAACAUAAAGAAAACAAGAGGAAAAAACCACUUAUAGUAUCAAACUAACUAGUCUUAGAGAUUUUAGAGGAAUCCCUAUAGGUGAAAAAAGCCCUUAUAAGGGCCGAAAAAAACUUAUAAGGGUAAUUGCCCCCUAUAGGGGCCGCUUACUAAAACCCUUAUAAGGACCACUUCUGCAAGCUUUGUUGACCACUAUAGUGGUUGUUGAAGUAGUCCCUAGAGGGGAUCCUCCAAGGACCGAAAAAGAUGCCCCUAUAGGGAUCACUCUAGAGAGAGUCGGAGUUAAAAGUUUCCCUUUUUUCCAAGUCACUAGAUAAGCUUUUUUUUUGUCAUUUCGGAAAUGCGUCAUUGUAGAGAUGACGCGCCGUCUUCAACCUGGCAAGCGGUUUGGGCUAUGAUGGAUGAAAACCGAAUUUCUUUCUACGAUAAUGAGGGCAGCGAUCUCGACAAGGCAAUGCUGCAGGUGACCACUCGUUUUUCUCGUGUGAUUUAAAAUGGGACAGUUUCAGAUUAACUUGCUGCAAGAGCAAUGGACCGUCAGAGCUGGGACGGAGAAUCCAAUUCGCUGUGAGGAAGCUCGAGGGCACAAUAUCGUUCAGCUCAAGACUCCACAGUGCGUUUUGAAAUUUUUUGAAAGAGUUGUGUUGAAAAAACUUUAGAUUCUCUCAUUCUCUGGAAAAACAUUUCAAUUGCAAUAUAAAAAAAAACUACGAAAUAUUGACUAUAAGAAAUAUAAAUUUUGAGGCGAAGCGUUUUUCUUCUUGCUUCGUCGACGCAGAUGGCGCGUCGUUGGGCCGACUGCCUGAACAAUGCGCACAAGAGGAAAAUGCUGACGACCCAGAGGCCGUCGUCAAGCUCCGAGUAUUCCUGCAUGCUGUCCCUGCAGUCGCCGAACAACCUCGCAGUCAACAGCUGCCAUGUUCUGGACGAUUACUUGCUGCUGGCCUCGCAGGCAGGUCUCUUCUUCACCAGCCAUUCGCAGCCCAGGAUGCCGGUCCGCGUAAACGGAAUCAACGCCAUUUCAGCGGUAGCAUACAACUUUUUUUUUCCAAGCAAUUUUCGUUGUUUUCAAGAUGGAAUUCAUGCCAGAAGUGAACUGCGUGUGCCUGGUCGUUGGCGGCAUCCGUUCCCUUGCACUGGUCCCGCUCGACUCGCUGCGGAUCGCGCUCAAAAGCUCUCAGCCUGCGAUUCGGCCAGACGUUCUGCCGGCCUUCCAACAUAUCAAUAUUGUCCACUAUCACCAACACGAUUCCCAACGGUUAUUUGAACGAAAAAAAAAACGAAAGAAAAGAAGGGUGGAAAGUAGAGUUCUCAAAACCGAACGUUCAAAAAAUGACCGUUUGAAAAAAAUGAACUUUUUCAUUUUUCGAUAGUUUAGGAUAUAUCAUUUUCAAACGUUCAACCAAAAAGUUCGAAAAUCGUUUUCUUAUAAUAAUGAACGUUUGCUUUUCACAUAAAAAAACGGACGUUCGUUUUUUGAACGAACUGUUUUGAAAUGGAAAAUGAACGUUCACUUUUUGAACGAACUUUUUUAAAAUGAAAAAUGAACGUUCAUUUUUUGAACGAACUUUUUGGAAAUGAAAAAUGAACGUUCGUUUUUUGAACGAACUUUUUACGAACGAAAAAUGAACGUUCAUUUUUUGAACGAACUUUUUUAAAAUGAAAAAUGAACGUUCAUUUUUUGAACGAACUUUUUGGAAAUGAAAAAUGAACGUUCAUUUUUUGAACGAACUUUUUGGAAAUGAAAAAUGAACGUUCAUUUUUUGAACGAACUUUUUGAAAAUGAAAAAUGAACGUUCAUUUUUUGAACGAACUUUUUUACGAACGGAAAAUGAACGUUCAUUUUGGUUGAACGUUCAAAAGCAAACUUGAACCAAAAGUUUGGUUUCAACAUUUGUUCGAAAAUGUUUGGUCGAACGUUCGUUCGAACGUUUGGUUUUGAGAACUCUAGUGGAAAGUAGUUCCAAUUUUUGAUUUUUCAACGUUUUAUCGUUAAAAUUCUUUGAAGUUUGAAAAAGACCACGCCAAAACUUAGUUCCUAUUGCCGUGUUCAAAGUAGUUUGCCGCGAAAUUCAAAGUUAUUGUCCAAGCCUGCGCAGGUUUUUUCUCAAAAAUGAGGCCUAAAGCCCGGUCUGACGCACAAGAAUGCAGAGAAUAACAAAAAAAAAAGUCAUUGAUAAAGUUUUUUUAGCUUCCUCAUUGCCGCCGACUCUACAAAGAUUCAUAUUUUGAAGCACAAUCCGUCGAGAGACGUGUUCUCGACAUUUGGGGUGAAUAAAAAUAAAUAAUCAAACGCAAUCGGCUUUUUCUUUUAGAUUAUCGAGACAUCGGAAGCUGCAGUGUGUCUACAGUCGGCGAAUGACGGCUUUUACUUUGGAGCUGACACUUUUUAUUUCGUAUCUCUUGCUACGAAUCGACAGAACCAGGUAGUGUCAUUUGAAUUUGCAACUUGAUUUCAACUUUUCUCAGAAAAUUUCGGCCCAACCUCUGGCUCCGGCUCAUGUUGCUGAUUAUCCGAUCGCGAUUUUGCCCCUUCGUGACGACGAAGUCCUCCUUGCCUUUCAAAGUUGGAAAAAAUAUUCGACAUUCCUCUCAUUAAAAAUUUCAGAUUAUGGACUUUUCGUGGAUUCUUGCGGGAAGAGGACGCGCAAGGAGACUGUCGAAUGGGAGCAAAUGCCAAUGGAAUUUGGUUAGUUUUCUGAAAAACGACCUUUUUUUUUCGAGAAUUUGCUCAAAAGUUUAAAAUGCAUCUCAUCAUUUGUUCUCUCAUUUCAGUGUUCACUAGCCCGUAUCUCUACGUCGUGCACUACGAUUCGAUUGAAAUCAUGCGCGUAGCUGAAUUCACCGGGAUUGAAUCAAGGUAUUUAAAGAUCGUGUGUUCCCAUUCCAACUCGGCGGCUCAAUUCAGAACAAUUCUUCCCGAGCGCGAAUUUUUCCAAUGCGAGAACGCUCACGUUAUCGGAAGGUCAGCCAGCGAUGACGUCUUUUUCGUCAUUUCUUCUGCGGAGUGCACUGAAGUCCAUCGGUAUAUUAUUUCUUUUAUUCGAAACUUGCCAAAAAGGGUAUAUUUCAAAUAAAAACCGCGAAAACAAAGUCGUGAAAAGACAACCGAACAUAAAUGAGCUACAGAGGUUUAGGCGACUUCGAAACUUUUUCUUCCACGGCAAUUUUUUCGUUGGCUCGAUUUUCGCAGCUUAUCAUAUACCCAUAAAAAAUACUUUACGUGAGAGUCUUCAAAAGCUAGAAGGCACUGGUAAAUAAAGAAAGCGUCCGUUCCCUGAAAUUAAAGAAUGCUAUCUAGCUUUCGAAAAUUCAAGGUGCGAUGAUUCAGACGUAGAUUCAAAAAAAAAAAAUCGCAAUUGAUAUAAAAAAGUUUACAGGUUCAACGCGACGACAAACAAAAGGAGCGCGAUGAAACGUCGUGGAAUUUCCAUCACCAACAUGGACAAAAGAUCUCGAAAUUGAUACUUAAUAUUCGAGUCCCGCAGAUGUUUUUGUGGUGUGUCAUCUCACACUGAUACUCAAAAUAACGUUCAAAUUGUAUAAUAUUAAUAUCAUGUUAAGAUUGAGUUAUUAAUGAUUGUUUCAUGUACGAUGGAUAAACGUUUUUUUCAAAUUUUUUUGUUUUCUCUUUUUCUCUGUUGAUUUCCCAUUUUUGGCUAUUGGGGCACAGUUAUUUGGCGGAUCGCCUACCGAAAAAAUCGGGAAUGUCAAAGUUUUCAUGGGUUUUUUUGAAGGAAAACAUAAAUAUAUGUAGUAAAGCGUUUUGGGCCUAAUUGAAGAUUUUUCAGUACAGAAAACUUGAAAAAAAAAUUCAAGAGUGAAUCGUUGAGUGCACUUUCUUCUUACGCCUUUGUACCGCUUGAGCGGCGUCGGCGCCCCAAGUCGAUUAGCCGAGGUCCUAUCCUGAUAUCAGUGGACUGGCUCCCGUGACAUAUCCGUCCUUGUGUGUGACGGCUGGGGAUUAUAAAGCCGUGGUUUCCCACUACCAACAUUUCUUAAACCCCUUCGUUGGGUCGGGGCGGGGAUCGAACUUGUGACCCUGUGGACCGAAGACAGGCACACAACCUGUUGCGCUACGCCCCGUUGAGUACACUUUGAUUAUCAAAAAAGAGCUUAUACAAGUGAAGUCGAAAAAAGCUCUUUAAAAAUGUUUCUUUUAAGGUGACAAUGGUUCCUUUUUUGCUGCCUUUGUCUUUUUUUUUUAAUUUCUUGAGCCUUUAAAAUCCCAGAAAAAGUGGAAGGCUUCAUAAAGGGAUUCUUUUUACUGCCGUUUUCCGCCCUUUUUUGUGCUUCUCCUUUUUAGCAGCCAUUAUCCACACCGACUUUUUCCGAGUUUUAUUUAUAUACCGAAUAACCAGUGUUUUUUAGCUUCCAAUGAGUCGGUCAUCAAGUGCGAAUGAGAAGCGAGAAGAAGAUGGUGAUUUUUUAAACUUAAAUUGUUAAAAACCCCAAUUAAAUGGGUUGUCAGUAGUGAGAAAACAAAUUCCUGUCAAAAAGAAUGUGUCGAGUCUCAAAAAAAAUUCAAUAUAGCUGAUUCACUGCUGGCUUGAGCCAUUGGAAAAAAAGGGUCCUGACACAAUAAUAAAAGAUAUAGUGCCUGGUUAGUGGAGAGCGCAGACAGGCCACGCCCCUCCCAAGUCAGCAGUGAAUCGGCUAUACUCUUUUGAAUGGACUUGAGACUGAAUAACUUUUUUUUUCCAAUGGAGUUCAUUUUUCUAGACGAGUUGCCCGACACGCCGCCUUUAGACUCUAGAUCGGACGACGAAGAGUUGCCCCCCACGCCGCCACCGAUCAGCAACGACGACGAAGUUGAUAACAGUCGUCAAUUUCCAGCUGCUUCUGCUGCGAUUCCAUCAGAUCAAUGUAUGUAUUUAGACUCUCGUUGAAAAACUGAUUCGAUUAAAAAAAAAAAAUUCACUGUAAAUCCGAGUUCGGAGAAGUACUCUAUAUUUCCUGCGCCAAUAACCAACAGGGUUGUAAGGAAGAGAUUCGCGGAAAUGCUCUUGAAUCGAAAUUUUCGCGAUAACAAAUUUUUUUAUCGCAAAAAAGUUGAUAAUAGUGAAGUUACGUGUAUUCGAACAAAAAUAUUGGAAAAGUAUUUCUAUAGAAAACAUGUAAGACGAAAGGAACUGCUAUUUUUGGAUGAGAAAGAAACCUCUCAGAAAUUUCAUUUCAAGUUUUCUUCCGCAAGUCUCUUCCGUGCAAUAACCAAUAUAUUUCAAGCUCAUAGAAAAGGUUGAGUGAAAGACUUUUGUCGUUGAAGCCGGAUACGAUUCUUUCGACGAAGAUAUCGUGUUCGUCUCUUCACUGAAGCAAGACGUCGCUUCGUCGUCUACGUCCAGUAGCGACGAUUCCAAGGAUUCCGACUACACUUUGAACGAGAGUCAGGUCGACGACCCGGACGACGACUUUUUCGAAAAUGAUUGUUUGUUUUGCAGUUCUGUGCUGUUUGAAAACUCACCAAAAUUUUCCAAAUAUUAGGAGGUUGACAAUUUCUGUUUUUGAGAAACCAAUGUUUUGUUGAUAUGACAUGUUGUGUUAUUUGUCGUUUCAAUCUGUCCAAUUUUAUUUCAUUUUUAAAUUGAAGCUUUUUAAAACAGUUCUCUUUCAGCACAAAUUUUGGAUGUCGAGCUUCCAGCUGAAACAGUUUCUACCAGGUUCGAUUGAUUUUUAAAAGGACUUUAAUUUGAAAGAAAUAGAACUAGAAAGCGUGCGGCUGGAAACCAAGAUGUUAAAGCCAAAAAACAAAAACUGACGAAUUCGACAGAGGAAUCGGCAUUUCUGCAAGAGGAAGAAGAAGAAGGCGACGUCGCACCUCCGACACUCAGCGAGUUGAAUUCUUACUACCCGAUCAAGAAAGAGGGUAACGUUGCGCGAGUCUCCGAAGAAGAACGCUUCAAUUGGUCUCGAAUGGACCAACCCCCACCGGCUGCCAUUAACGCUUUGAAGGAACGCCGAUCAUUGAAGUUGUAUCUAUUUAUAUUGGCUCUCUUUCAGGAGUUCUACGGUUAUUCAUGCUUUCGCGAGAAGCAAUGGGACGUGAUCCGUGCGGUUCUGGGUAAACGCGAUCAGUUCGUCCUCAUGUCGACUGGUCUGAAGAACAUGAUUUACACUAUCGAAAUUCCCUCAUUCCUUCAGGGUACGGUAAGAGCGUGUGCUACCAAUUACCUUCGCUCAUGAUGGGAACACUGACGAUCGUCAUUUCUCCGCUUAUCUCACUCAUGCACGAUCAGCUCGUCUCCCUUCGGUUAUACUCACAAUCUCCCUCAAAAAAGCAACUUUAUUUAAGGCAGAAAAAUGUGAAUGCAAUGAUGUUGUGUGGCGAUUCUCCGAUCGCCGAUUGGACGUAUGUCGAGAAAAACCCGGCCGAGAUACGGUAUUGCUCACGUUGGCUCAUCCGCACUAUGCUUGUCUCAGGUUUCUCUACAUGUCGCCAGAGCUGGCGGAAGGCGCCCAAAUGCGUCGGCUUCUCCACGUCCUUGCCAAAUGUGGAUAGAUACCUGUUUUUAUUCGAUAAUAUUCGAAUCUAGACGUGUCGUUAGUGGCUGUGGACGAAGCUCACUGUGUUUCACAAUGGGGACACGACUUUCGGAAAAGUUUCCUUCGAAUUGCGUCCAUUCGGCGCUACUUGGAGUUUGUUGAUCGAAUCUAUCAAACUAGAAAUAAUGAAAAGAGACUUAAAUUCAAAAAUUUCGAUUUAAAGUUGCAGCAUCUUCGUAUAUUUUGUAUGGUAUGAAAAAAAGUGCUUGUUUUUAAAUGAAAAACAGAUUCAGUGAAAUAGUAAUCGAUAAAAGAUUAGAAAAAAAGAGGAAAAUCUUUUUCAUAGAUUCGCCAUCAGUAAAUUGAGUCCUCAUUUAAGAGUGAAAAUUUAACAAAAAGUUUCUAAGUGAAAAACGAAAUAUUGCCAGAAGGGUACCUUUGAUGGGUCUUACUGCCACGGCCACUCAACGUGUUCGCGACGAUGUCAUUAAAAACCUCGAGCUGGUCAACCCGCAAGUCACAUUCACCGGAUUUGACCGGUUCGAUGAUGCCAAACCUAGAAAUUCACUUUUGAGACAACUUUUUGAGGAAAAACUUGUACAUAACUGUGACGCGACAGGGUGUGAGCGUGGCUAGCGAUUUGGAGAAACUAUUGAAGGAAGAUCCUCGUCUAGGUCGCCACUUUGGCGGACCUACCAUUGUCUACUGCCAGACACGAAAAACGACCGACGAUGUCCACAAAACUCUGCGAGGUUCGGGCCCUUGUUCCUAAUUUUUUUUUCUCUAUGAAAAUACUCUUCUAGGUCUUGGUGUAAAAUGCGAACGAUAUCACGCAGCUUUGACUCCCACCCAACGGAAAAAGGCUCAUAACGAGUUUAUCGCUGACAAAGUUGUCUUUUCCUCUUUGAGAUUUUCCAUUUUCUUUUUUCGGGUAACGACAAUCGUAGCGACUGUCGCGUUUGGAAUGGGCAUUGACAAGCCAGACGUUAGAAAUGUGAUCCAUUAUGGGAGUUUGUAGCGCUGGUUUGUGAUCGAGUUCAUGAACAUGUUCUAAGGCCCGAAAGACGUCGAGUCGUACUAUCAAGAAAUCGGUCGGGCCGGUCGCGAUGGCGCUGCUAGCGUUUGCCGAGUGUUCUGGGCGCCCAAGGACAUGGCUCUCAACAAGUUAGGCUUCAUUUUCAUAAUUUCACACAAAAAAUGCUUAAAAGUAGACAUUUUCAGAAUCCGUGUGAAUCAGAUGAACGUGUCGGAAACGAUUCGCGGAAAUCUUUUUGCUAUGUUACGACAACUUGAGGAAAUGUUCAACACUCGCAUGUGCCGUCGAUUGUCCGUUUUUUUUUUUAGAAAAAUGUUCGUUUCAAGUCGUUACUCAAGUCUAAUAUAUCAGCUUAUAAAUACUAGCUUGAACCGACUCGAUCAAAUCUCUCUCACGAUGGCCAGUAGCACGCGCGGAUGCUACCGCUGAUCAAUCAUUUAAACAAAGCCGAUCUUCCGAAAGGCAAAUUUUAGCCGCGCAUAGGCCCCAUUUAAGUCCAGUGGAUCUACGCAAAUGCCCAAAUCACGCGCCGAGCCCCCGUUUAGGUUCAGAGGAGCACCCAAGAAGUUUAAAAAAAAAACACCGGCUGAGCGGUAGUAGCACUUUUUUUUUGCAAAGUUAUGACGUAGUAGCCCAACGGGUGCUACUGGCCAACAUUAGAGCUAUUUCUCAGAUUGCAUGAAAAGUUCAGCCAGCUGCUAAAGCACUUUGAUCCGGCGACACCCAAACCGGCACAACCACGCGCCGACUGCUGCGACAAUUGCACAGCGAUGAUGUCAAAAGACCAAGUUUGAGAGAAAUCAAAAAUGAGAAUAUUUGAAGCUGUAAAUUGUUCUCACCUCGUUAAACCCUUCAUAUAGUACCACCAGUUCACAGCAAGAAACGUGAAUUUUUGAAAAAAUUGGAAUUUAAAUUUUUUUUUUCUUGUUGCGUUGCUUGCGCAUAGUUUUAAAACAUAAUAAGGUUACUCAAAGUAAUAUGACCUGCGUGCCAGGAUUACGCCCUGUCGUCCUUGGAUGUGGGAAAAGAGGCUCGAUGGCUGUUCCUCGUGGUCCGCGACGUCUACCAAGGUCGCUCAGGCAUCGGGAAGCCGAUCGAUUUCGUUCGCGGCAUGGUUUAAUGACUGUAGUAUUCAUCUUAUUAACUUUUCUUUUACAGAAGAAAGAAGAAGAUUGUGCUCGAAGUUUGCAAGCCAAACAGCUCUUCGGCCUUGGAAAAGGCUUCAGCCUCAAGUGGUGGAAAGAGCUCGGUUUGCUCUGUGAGAAACUCUUGUAUCAGUUUCUCUUUGGCAGGCAACUCUCUGCGCAUCGGCGGCUUCUUCAAAGAGGAAAAAAUUGGGUUCAGCUCGUUUGGAUCUUGCAUUACCCUGUCACAGAAGGCAAUUAGCUGGAUCGCUGGAAGUGAUCAGGUUCGAAAAUGCGAAGAAUAAGGAGAGUUAAUAAACUCGGUUUAUAUUCUUUCUGAUAUAAUUUGUUCUGUGCUGCUUUUAGAGGUAGGGAGAAAGUAAUCAAAGUUCUUGUGACUUUUUUUGUGCUUUUGCCCAGCCGUUUUGGAUUACCCUACUUUUAAAUAUACACAUAUUUUUUUCGAAAAAAAUAGAGCUUGAACGUCGAAGCCACGCCUCUGUUGCUGGACGGCAAGGUUGGAAAGGCGGCGCCAACAACCGAAGUACCUUCUGCCCAAAUUUCCCGUAGCGCCGAGGAAAAGAGGUUUUUUUCGAAUCUAUGAAUAAAUAAUAAGGUUUUUUUCGACACAGUUUUUUUAACCUCCAGGAAAAAAAUUUGGAUAAUAAUCAUCAAAAAAAUUAGAAAACUGAUAAGACUUGUAUUACCAGCUUCAGACUCUUUUUCUGUUCCAGAUAUCUCGGGAACGUCCGGAUAAACAUUUACAAGUCGGCAUCCGAGUACCCGCAACUCCAUUUUGUACAGCAAGUUGACCGAGAUGAUCAUCAAUUGGUUUCUUUUUUUUGGUUCAUAUCAUACUUUUGAUUAGGUUGGCGAGCUUCGGAUCAAACUCGACGAUUUGCGUGCAGAAAUGGCGAUGGAAAACGAAGUGGCACCAUUUCAAGUCGUUGCCAACAACGUGCUCGACGCCAUUUCGAGCCUGCGUCCCGAUAAGUUUGUGUUUCACGGCGUUUUUGUAAAGGAAGAAAAAUACGAAACCAAAAACACGUUGUACUUCACGGAGAUAAAGUGGGUGUGGCUUUGUCGAAAAAUGUUGAAAGUUUGCAUGCAUUAAAAAAGAUUGUUUUGAGCACUAAAUAUUGGUGUAGCUGAGCGUCUAGUUCUGUUUUCUGUUAUAGGUCAUAAUUGAGAUAAAUGACUACUUAAGCAUGGACACACUGAGCCGCGUCAGUGGCUUCCCAAUGGCACAGCGCAACAACUACGGUCCGGCCAUUGUCGAGUGCGUGAAAAAGUUUUCGAAGGAGAAAGGCAUUAAAACCAACUUGAAUGCUUGUGAAUCGGUUGGUGAACCUAGAACCAAAAAGUAACAAUAAAAAUCGAGUGAUGUGCAGAUACCCGAGGAAAUUCAACAACGCAUCGAGAAAGAGUUGCCGCCAACCGUCCAGAGCACAUACCGCACUCAUUUGCUAACCGCUUCAGACGCGGUAAUCUUUUAAAGUAGUUUUAGCUGAUUCACUGCCAGCUUGGGCUAGGGGGGCGUGUCUUGUCUGCGCUCUCCACGAGCCAGGCGCUAUCUCGUGCAUUAUCGUGUUAGGACCCGUUUUUCGCUGGCUCAAGCCAGCCGUGAAUCAUUCAUUCAUUUCUGAGCGAUUCUAUUCAUAUUUAUCCAUCCACCCAUCCUUUCCAGAAAACUGUAGCGGAAAUCAAAGGAAUUAGCAAAUCGACCGUUUACAAUCACCUGACGACCGUUCUGCAACGCGGAUUGCCCGCCCAUCUCAAUAAAUUAGGCGUCACUAGGCAGCUCCUAGAAACUGUCGCUGAUACUGUUCGGAGCAAGCUUGAAGGAGGUUUCAGUGAUUUGACAGAUUACUCCAAAAUCCCAUUGGAAUCGGAUUAAAUAUCCCUUUCUUCCAGACGUUAGCUUCCUCAAGCCAAUUAUGGAGUCUCUACCCGAAAACACAAUCGAUUACGAUAGCUUGAAAAUGUGCCGCGCCAUAUUGGAAUUCGAAUACGGAGAUGGCGAACUGAUAGACGGCCAACAAAAAGGUGUUUCAUCUGUGCAUUUUUCUUGUUUUUUAAUGCAUCCGAUAGGCUCAGCUUUGCCAUCGUGGAUUUCCGAAACGAAACCGGCUAACAGGCCGACGCUUGCCGCUGUUGGUGCCAGUCUUCACAAUGCUGGACCAAAGAAAAAAAUGAAUUUGUGA